AUGAAUAUUCUUCAAGAAAGUCUCGAAGAAAAUCUUCAAGGAAAAAAAGUCACGGUUUUUCCUCCCCAAAAGAAAAAAUGCUUGAAUUGGAAAGUCAGGAGAGCAAUAUAUAGGUGUCUUAGGGAAGAAAGAUUUGAAGAAAUUGAUGAUAUUCUUGAGGGAACCAGAUCAAUUGACGUUGAAAAGUUCUAUGAAAACGAAUGCCACUCCCUGCUUGAUCUAGUCUUCAAUACUUAUAAAAGCUGUCGACCGCUGGAGUAUAUAAAUUCAUAAUAAAUUUAUGGAAGUUUAUUAUAUUUUAUGUUAGGGUUAUAUUGAAAAAUAGAGAAUACCUUAUUAAAAUAAUUCCAAGCAGAAAUUUAUCAGAAACUUUAAAAAGCAAAAAUUAUAAUAUGCUGGAAGCUUUGGUUAAUACUGCAAAACUGUUUUCAAGAGUUUCUGAAGAAGGUGGAGUAUUCAAAAACAAGUUGAGGGCUUUAGUAAAAAUAAAAGACCCAGAGAUCUGUGGCUAUAUUAUGAAGGAGCUUCCAGAUCUAUUGCUGGGUAAAAAAUAA